AUGGCUGACUCUGAAAUUCCAGAGCUAGUAGAAGUAAUUCCAGAUUCAAGAAAUGUCGGUUCUAAAGUUCCAAUAACAAUAGUUACUGGUUUCCUUGGGUCGGGUAAAACAACUUUACUCAAUUACAUUUUGACGGAGCAACAUGGUAAAAAGAUCGCAGUAAUAUUAAAUGAAUUCGGAGAAAGUAGUGGAAUAGAAAAAUCAUUAUCAAUAAGUCAAGAUGGAGAUUUAUUUGAAGAAUGGUUAGAAUUAAAAAAUGGUUGUUUGUGCUGUUCUGUUAAAGAUAAUGGAGUUAAGGCUAUUGAAAAUUUAAUGCAAAAGAAAGGAAAAUUUGAUUAUAUUUUAUUGGAAACAACAGGAUUAGCAGAUCCAGGUCCAAUAGCCUCAAUGUUUUGGUUAGAUGAUGAUUUAGGCGGCGAUAUAUAUUUGGAUGGUAUUGUAACAUUAGUGGAUGCAAAGUAUAUUCAACAAUAUUUAUUAGAAGAAAAGGAAGAUGAACCAAUUAACGAAGCAGUAAGACAGAUAGCAAUAGCAGAUAGAAUAAUAAUAAAUAAAAUGGAUCUAGUCACACCUUCAACAUUAAACACUGUACAAGCACAAAUAAGAUUAAUUAAUUCAGCCGCAGAUAUAUUAAGAACAGAAAAAUCAAGAGUUCCAUUAAAUUUCAUAUUAGACAUUCACGCUUACGAUUUUAAACAAGUUCUAACACUAAAUAAUUCAGAACCAAAUGUCUUGGGAUCGGAAACACAAUCUCAUCAUCAUAUAGAAAAGGAAGUAAGAACCAUAUGUUUAUCAGAGUUUCCUGUAAAAACUAUUGAUAUACCAAAAUUUGAACGUUGGAUACAAUGGAUAUUAUGGGAGAAAACUAUUCCAAUUACUUCCUCUGAUAAUAUUACGAUUCUUAGACUUAAAGGUAUCCUAACUCCAAUUUCAAAUCCAGAUUCACGAAUUGUAAUUCAGGGAGUUCAAGAAUUAUAUGAUUUACAACAAGCUCCUUCAUCGUCUAGUAAUGAAACAAUUGAUGACAAGAUAGUUAUCAUUGGAAAAAAUUUAGAUUACCAAAAAUUAAAACAAUCUUUAUGGAAUUAUAUGGGUUGGUCUUAA